GCAGCAGUUUGGGCGGUGGUGGUUUCGCAGGCAACAUCCUGUACAAUGGUGGUUUCGCAGGCAACAUCUUGGUCGGUGGUGGUUUUGCAGGCAAUAUCUUGGGCAGUGGUGGUUUCACAAGCAGUACCUUGAGUAGUGGUUUCACAGGCAGCACCUUGGGUAGUGAUUUCACAGGCAGUUUCGGCGGUGGUUGUUUUAGUGGUGGUG